GAAGUUAUGAACCACUUGACAUGGCACAACCAUAACUCUUUAUAAAAAUGAAAAAGAAAAAAAUGAAGAAGAAAGGGAUGAUUGGUCCUUCUAGUCAAUACCCUGCGCCUUCACAGAACCUUCGUAAAAAAGCAGAAGCCGCGUUUUACUGUCUCUCUCUCUCACUUUAAAACUCCAAAUUUUCAAUACGAUCUGAAUUCCAUUCGAACACAUUUUCUGAUGUGCUGAUAUGAUCCCUUUUUCUCUUCUCGGAUUAAAUUCAAUCUUUUAUUUUAUUUUAUUUUCCCAAUCAAACGCACUGAUCGAUUCAGAUCAUUUCAAUUAAUUCUGAGCUCUCACCGAACCGAGGCUUCUACUGCAAUAGACUCACUCCUCGAAUCCGUGAAGCUACUGUCAAAAAGAUCUUAAUGGAUGACCUGACCGAUGAAGGGGGCUCCUCUUCUUCUUCCCCUCACCGAAGGAACUUCGACGUUUUUUUGAGCUUUAGAGGUCAAGAUACCCGCUUCGGUUUUAUAAGCCAUUUAUAUCAGGCUUUGUGUGAUAAUGGCAUUUACACCUUCAGGGACUUAGAUCUUGAGAGGGGAGAAGAAAUUUCAGAGACACUUCUCAAAACCAUUGAAAAGUCAAUGAUUUCGGUCGUUGUGUUCUCUGAAAACUAUGCAUGGUCCAGCCGGUGCUUGGAUGAACUUGUUAAGAUUAUGCAGUGUAGGAAAAAUGGCCAAUUAGUUCUACCGGUUUUUUAUAAAGUUGAUCCAUCAGAAGUACGUAAUCAAAGGGGAAAUUUUGGGGCGGCGUUGACUAAAUUUGAAGAAAAAUUCAAGAAUAAGGUGCAAAGUUGGAGGUCAGCUCUAAGAGAAGCUACUAAUUUGGCUGGACGGCAUUACGACAAUGGUGGUCCUGAAUAUAGAUUCAUCCAACAACUUAUUGAAACGAUAUCAGAUAUCAAAUUAAAUGGCACACGGUCAUAUAUUGCUAGAUGCCCUGUUGGAGUAAAUUCUGAGCUCUCACCAAACCAAGGCUUCUACUGCGAUAGACUCACUCCUCGAAUCCGUGAAGCUACCGUCAAAAAGAUCUUAAUGGAUGACCUGACCGAUGAAGGGGGCUCCUCUUCUUCUUCCCCUCACCGAUGGAACUAUGACGUUUUUUUGAGCUUUAGAGGUGAAGAUACCCGCAACGGUUUUACAGGCCAUUUAUAUCAGGCUUUGUGUGAUAAAGGCAUUUACACCUUCAUCGACCAUGAUCUUCGGAGGGGAGAAGAAAUUUCAGAGGAACUUCUCAAAACCAUUGAAAGGUCAAUGAUUUCGUUCGUUGUGUUCUCUGAAAACUAUGCGGAGUCCCACUGGUGCUUGGAUGAACUUGUCAAGAUUAUGCAGUGUAGGAAAAAUGGCCAAUUAGUUGUACCGAUUUUUUAUAAAGUUAAUCCAUUAGAAAUACGUAAUCAAAGGGGAAAUUUUGGGGCGGAGUUGACUAGACUUAAAGAAAAAUUCAAGAAUAAGGUGCAAAGUUGGAGGACAGUUCUAAGAGAAGCUGCUAGUUUGUCUGGAUGGCAUUACGAGAAUGGUGGUCCUGAAUAUAGCAUCAUCCAAAGAGUUAUUAAAAAAAUAUCAGAUACCAAAUUAAGUGGCACACGGUUAUAUGUUGCUAAAUGCCCUGUUGGAGUAAAUUCUCAUGCCAAGGAGAUAGAGUCGCUUUUAGAUAUUAAGUCAAAUGAUGUUCGAAUUGUAGCGAUUCAUGGUCUAGGGGGAAUAGGAAAGACUACAAUUGCAAAAGCUGUUUAUAACAGAAUUUUUGACUGUUUUGAAGGAAGCUGCUUUCUAGAGAAUGUUAGAGAAAAUUCAAGGACAAGUGAUGGCAAAAUCCAGCUACAAGAGAAAAUUCUUUCUGAGAUCUUAGGGGCCAGUCAUGUGAAGGUGGAUAAUGUAUCCUGGGGAAUUAAUGUGAUAAAGAAAAGGCUUUGCAAUAAGAGAGUUCUUUUAAUUCUUGAUGACGUUGAUAAUUCAAAACAAAUAGAAGAUUUGCUUGGAAAAUGUGAUUGGUUUCUUGCAAGAAGUAGAGUCAUUAUAACAACAAGAGAUGAACACGUGCUAGCUACUCUUCCACAAGGUUGCAAAACUUACAAGGUCAAGGAAUUAGGCACACAUGAAGCUCUUGAACUCUUUAGUCAACAUGCUUUCCAUAAAAGCAAACCCCCUCAAGAUUAUUCUGAAUAUGCACACCAAAUUAUUGACUAUGCCCAAGGCCUUCCACUAGCUCUGACAAUCAUAGGUUCUUAUUUGUGCGGAAGAGCAAAAGAUGAGUGGAAAAAUGCAAUACAUAAAUAUGAAAAAAUCCCCAAUGAAAAUAUUAUUGAAACACUUAAAGUAAGUUACGAUGGAUUGGAUGAAAAUGAAAAGGAUAUUUUCCUUGAUAUUUCAUGUUUCUUUCGGGGAUGGUCCAAGGAUUAUGUUGAAAAUAUAUUAGACACUUGCGAAUUAUUUCCGAAUCAUGGUAUUACAACACUUGUUAAUAAAUGUCUCAUAAAUAUAGAGCAAAAUGGCACAUUGUCCAUGCAUGACUUGAUACAACAAAUGGGCAAGGAAAUUGUUCGGCGAGAAUCACCAACAGUCCUCUACAAACGCAGCAGGAUAUGGAAUCAUGAGGAUGCUUUUAAAGUACUAAUGGGAAGUAAGGGGUUAGAUAGAAUUCGAGGAAUAAUGUGGCAUUCGCCUAAUCCAAUAAGAGUGCAACUUCACCCUGAAGCUUUUGAAGGGAUGGACAAUCUCAAAUUUCUUAUAGUUCGCAAUGUACAAAUUUCUGAAAAACUUAAAUCUCUCCCCAAUGGGUUAAGGUUGUUUGAAUGGCCUGAAUAUCAUUUUUCCUUUCCAUCCAAUUAUUCUCCGCAACAGCUUGUUGCACUCGAGAUGUCGCAUAGUUUCGUUAAAUUGGAGGAGCUAUUCAAGCAGGUGGUCGAUUACAAAAAUUUGAAACUUAUCAAUCUAAGUUUCAGUGAAUCCAUUACAAAUUUCCCUAAUUUGUGCGCCCCAAACUUGGAGACAUUGAACCUUUCUUUUUGUAGAAAGUUAAUUGAGGUUGAUGAGUCCAUUGGAUCUCUUGCUAAGCUGAAAAUAUUGAACCUUGAAUACUGUGAGGAACUUCAAAAACUUCCAAGUAGUCUCAUGUUGACAUCUCUCAAAUUUUUAAAUCUAGAUAGCUGCACAAGGCUUGAGAAGUUCCCCAAAAUUCACCUAGAAAUGAAAUGUUUAGAGGAUUUAAUUUUGAGUUCUAGUGGUAUUAGAGAGUUGCAUCCAUCAUUGAGGUAUCUCACUAGGCUUAGAACACUGAAGCUAGAUAAUUGUGUACAGGAUUUUCCAGAUAGAAUCAAUAAAAUGCGACUGACUCCUAUUCCAUGCACUUCCUUUGAUACCCUUUCGGAAUAUGGGCUUCUGAGCUUGGAAAGUCUACAUCUCAGCUACUGUGGUGCAAAUUUAAUUGAUUUGGAUUUUUGGAUGAAGCCCGAAUACUUCCCCAAAUUGACAAUUCUAUAUCUAAGUGGCUCCAAUAUUGUUUCCAUCCCGGAAAGUAUUAUUAGCUUUACUAGUUUAGCAGAUCUUUACAUAGACAAUUGCAAGAAGCUUCGGAACAUUCCAAGCCUUCCCCAAUCUAUACGGAGAGUGAAUGCAAUAAACUGCUCUUCAGUGGAUCCACAAUCAUUCAGAAGAUUAUGGACUCAGUUUGGACAAAUUUUAGAGAUUUUACCAAAUAGUGUACGUGAAGGUGAAAGAAGUAGCAUAUUAAUGGAUUCCUCUCUCCUUAAUGGGGGAAAUUAUUAUGAAAUUAAGGUACCAAGAAUUGAGAUUCCAAGUUGGUUCAAAUUCGUCCAUCAGAGUUAUGGAAAUUCUGUAUCAUUCAAGAUUGGUAGCAAAUUUCCAAAAAUUGUUGUCUGUAUUGCUUUUCAAUUGGUGGAGGCACAUAUAAGCGGAUUUUUUUCUGUUUACGUUUCCAUCAAUGGUUGUAAAGAAAAAAUCUCAUUUCAAGAUAUUGAAGAAAUGUCUGGGCAUCUGUGGUUAUUUUCUGUAUCUAAUUGGAAAUUGUUUGAUUCAAAUCCAUAUGAUGAGAAUGACAUUGAAGUUAUAUGUGAAAUUGAUGAGUCGAAUGAAAGCUCUCUUCCUUUUGAGAACACUAAAUUCAGGAAAUUCCAGGGGUGUCAAACUCCGACACCGAAGACGAAGAAGAAACUGUCGACCAACCCGUGGCAUGCAUCCCCAAAAACCUUACCUCUCCCGCUUUGGAUGGCUUCAAAUACUCUGGAAACGGAGCUCCAAACUUUGGAGAUGGAGCUCUCGUCCAACCCUUUUGAUGUCUCUACUCAUGAUAAUGAUGAUUCUGACACUAAUCUAUAUCCACCAUCAAAGAAGACAAGAAAUCUUGAUUGA